AAAUGUUGCAUUUGUCACUCGAUACACUGCUCACUUCAGCCACUUUGACUGAAGCAAGGAAACGGACAAGGCGCAACCAUGGGUGCGGCGUCGAUCAUAAAAUACAUGCUCUUCUUCUUCAACCUGCUGAUUUGCACCGGGGGUUUAGUUCUGCUCGGACUUGGUGUUCUCCUGAACGUGGAACUUACCGGCCAACAGGAAGGGCCGUGGACUGGAUUGUCCAUAAUUUUCAUUUCAAUUGGAGCAAUCGUUUUCGUGAUUGCCUUCCUGGGAUGCUGCGGUGCAAUAAGGGAAUCAACAUGCAUGCUAACCACGUUUGGCGUAUUCCUAAUGAUAAUUUUCCUGAUCCAAGUUUCUGGCGCAAUUCUGUUAUUCGUUUAUGAGGACAAACUGACCUCUGGAUUCAGAAAAUUGUUGGAGACAACGCAGGGGUCCUAUUAUGAUGAUGGAGAAAAGGGAAAGUUUGCGAAGGAAACAUGGGAUACCAUCCAGGCAAAGCUGAAGUGCUGUGGCAUCGACGGUCCAAACGAUUGGCUUAGUUUCGGCAGUGCUGCCAAUGCCAUUGGUGACGUCCUAAGAAACCCAGCAGGCUCUUUAGGCAAAGUACACGUGGCACCAGCCUCGUGCAAAUGCGUCGACCCAAGUACAAGCACUUGCUCUAACACGCCACCCUUCGACAACGUGUACUCCCAGGGCUGUUACCUGAAAUUGGUGCACAGCGUGCAGACUUCGAGCACCAUCAUCGCUGCCGUGGCAAUCGGUCUGGCUCUGGUCGAGUUGAUCGGAGCCAUUUUUUCCUUUCGUUUGGCGUCCGUUGUCCGAAAGCGAGAGCUUGGGUUCUAAGAAGAGCAAGAACUUUUUGUUCAAACACAUCAAGAAACUUUAGACAUUAAUUUUUGUUAUCUUUAUAGUAACUUACAAAUAACAAAUUAUUAAAAAUUUACCACACAAAUAAAAAGAAAAAUACUUUAAUGCAA